AUGAGUUUCCCCGCAGAUAUAAAAAGAUCCAAUAUAGACCUCCGGAAUGAGCAACACGAGCAGCUCUUCCCCGAUACACCAGCUCCAGCGCCCCGAAAUCAUCGAACGGCCUGGAUCUCCGGAUUCCUCUCCAUCUUCGCCCUCUACCUUCUGCUCUCUCUCCACCCCAAUACUCCAGUACCGUACCGGCCAUGUGGGAAUCAUCGUGUGCCUGCACGCAUUAAGGAUGUGGCAACGGUUAAACCUCUUGUCCCUCUAGAAGCUCAUAUUAUGAGCAAAUGCCCAGAUGCGAAGGAUUGCCUCCAGCAGCUUAUCCUUCCUGCAAUGAUGCAAAUAGUUGACAAAGUUAACUUUACGCUCUCAUAUAUUGGAACACCAACCGCAAACGACGGCGUAGAGUGCCUCCAUGGCCCCGAAGAAUGCCUAGGCAACAUAAUCGAACUCUGCGCCAACUCUCUCUACCCCGACCCAAAAAUAUACCUGGGCUUCACAAUGUGCCUAACAAAGGACUACCAUGACAUCCCCCAAAAAUCGCUCCUCGAAGACUGUGCCUUGGAACAUGGCAUCGAUUUCGAGGAAUUAAACGAAUGCGCGACGCGCGACGAUGGAGGCUUCGGUAUGGGAAUGCUACGGGAUAGCGUCCGUCGUAGCACAGAUGCCGGAGUAACAAAAUCUUGCACCGUGAGGUUGGACGAGAAGAUAUACUGCGUUCGAGAUGGUGGGCAAUGGAAAGACUGUCCAAACGGCUCAGGGGUAAAUGAUCUCGUCAUUGCAGUUCAGAAACUGUACGACUCGCCUUCUUAA